AACUUGAAGCUAACUUUUAGCUUAGUCUUCGUCCGGCUCUCGUGGUGUAUGCACGUGUUGCUAUCGACACACUCCGCGAAUUAUACGAAACUCGAGUGUUGUGUUUUUGGCGUAAAAAGGAUUUUUGUGUUGUGGGCCCACUAGUUUCUUUAUACCCAAAGAACCAGUGAUGUCCUACGCCUAAAACAACAACAACAAAGAUGGCAAGCGCAGGAGCAGUCCUUCUCGAGGCGCGGCCCUUCCGGCCCUUCAAGUCCUCCGAGGAGUACCUGUACGCUAUGAAGGAGGACCUGGCCGAGUGGCUGACGGUCCUCUACCCCGAGCUGAGAAUCAACGCAGACAACUUCCUGGACCGACUGGACACUGGAGUGGCUUUGUGCAGGCACGCAAAUGCUGUCCGGGAGUCAGCGCGCCUGAUCCUCGACGGUCCGGCCCCGGAGUCCGACGACGCCAUGAUCCUGGCCAAAGCUCUCCGCACCAGGCCAGCUGUCAACAUGCUGCCGGCUGCCAAAGCUGGCACAUUCUUCGCCAGAGACAACCUCUCCAACUUCAUCGACUGGUGCAGAAGAGCUCUGGGCAUCCUCGAAUGUCUGCUAUUCGAAACCGAUGAUUUAUGUCUGCGAAAGAAUGAGAAGCACGUCGUCUUAUGCCUGCUAGAAGUAGCUAGAAAGGGUGCAGUUUUGGGCAUGCCAGCACCGUUGUUGGUGCAAAUGGAGAAACAGAUAGAGAGGGAGUUGGCUGGAGAGGAGUUGAGACCUGAUGAUUCGGCGCUGGGUCUGGUACCGUGUGGUCCACAGCCGCAGUUGGUGACGAAUGAUCUGAGGAGCUUGGACGAGAGAGUCAGGGACUUGGUGGAGAGAUGCUCGUGCCCUACGCAGUUCCCGAUGGUCAGGGUCUCUGAGGGGAAGUACAGGAUCGGUGACACCAGGAUGCUGAUAUUCGUCAGGAUCCUCCGCUCUCACGUGAUGGUGCGCGUCGGCGGCGGCUGGGAUACCCUGGCGCACUACUUGGACAAGCACGACCCGUGCCGCUGCCGCGCCCAGCACCGGACCUCCCUCUCCGCGCGCCUGGCCCGGCCCAAGCACGACCUGGCCGGCGCCACGGUCACAUACGAACGACCAGACCCUGGCCCAACCUCCCUCCAAUACAAAGACCACGGCACCUCCCUCCAAUACAAAGAACCCAAAACAUACGAACCGAUGUCGCUUCCCUACACAAAAGUUUACAACGACGACCCGAGAUCAAACCAUUAUUUGUCAAACAACAAAUUGGAUGCGCCAAGCAGUCUGCCAUACAUGGGAGAUAUAGACAGAGCUGCGUCUCCGAGUAGGAAGCACUUGACUCCGAGAAAUAGUAGCCCUAUAAGAAAUAACAGGCAUUCCUCCUCGCCUGACAGGAGAACGAAAAUUGUGACGUCGAAUCAUUUAGUACCGUCCCCCCACGCUAUCAGGAAUAAGAGUCCGAGGCCGGUGUCUCCCGCGCCGGCCGCGGAGAGUGCCUCAGACAAUGGGUCGGAGGUCUCAGACGAAGGGUACAGGAGCCUGGGGGUGGUGGCCGGGUCUACACAGGGCUCGCCCUCGACCAAGACGACGAACAGAUAUUCGCUGCACAGUCAAAAUUCCAUGGACGACGCUGAUUUUAGUGAGCGUCUCGAUCACGACGACGGCUGUCACAUAGAUAAAAGCGACCGCGUCGACGACUACGUCAGCCUCAACACCGGGCUGCGCAAGACGGACUUCUCUGACACCUUCUACGGCAGCAGGAAGAACAGCGCAGACGACAAGUCCAACCGCGCCAGCCCCGAGUGCAUCGUCAGCCACGAGAGCAACGACUCGCCGAGCAAGAGCCUCAGGCCCGCCAGGGAAGCCACGCAGUCCCCCGUCAAAACCGUUCGGAGUCGACAGGUUUCCAGGAUCCCCCACUCCCCUGUCAGAAACAGGACGCCCAGCCGAGCAAAUACACCUAGCCCCAAGCACACCCCCAACCAAUCCUCCCCAAAACUGGCCCCCAAGCUACCACCCACUUCUCGCAACACUUGGGGAGGCAGAACCGCACCGAACCAAGCGAAAACAAAAGCCAGACCCGCCAUCGGAGCAGACACGUUUGAGAAUCCCAACAAAUCGCCGAAAACCAAAACAAAAGCACCCCAAAAUGAAGCUUUCAAAAGGAAUUCACCAUUGAGGGCCAGCAGCGCCACUUUGCGGUCUCCGACUCACCAGAAGCAGUUGAGUCCUCUUUUAGAACAAAUUUUGAGAUCUGCAGAAUCUGCGAAAGAUGACGCGUCUGUUUUAGAAAAAAUGAAGGAAAUCAUCAGGUCUUAUUCGAAAGGCGAAGACUCUGUGUCCAGGGCUAGUUCGAAAGACUCCGAUUACGCCGACUUUACGUCCGCUUGGGUAAUGUCAGAUGGAAAACUGGAGCGGUCGACGAGUACUCGGCAAUUGGCUGCACCCAGGAAGGAUCCUAGGAACGGUGCUUCUAGAAUACCAGCGCCAGUGGCGUUAGGCUGCCGGCGGUCUACAUCCACUUCCCAAUUCCAAUGACCUGGCGAAGAUCAGAAGAAAAAGACUGGUACUAAUCCGAUUAUGGUUCGAAUCAAAAGUGAUUGAGUGAUUUUAGUUGAUAUGGAUAAUUUUUAUAGGAGUGUGGUGAAAAAUCUGAAGAAAAUGAACGUUCUAUAGGGUAAUCAUUUACAAUGAUUAUAUUGGAUCCCUGAUCUAUAGAAUAUAUUUAUAAAUAAAAAUAUCCCUGUCAUAUCUUUGCAAAAGUAGAUGUUUGGAAUUAUAUUAAUGAAAACAUCAAACUAUUCGAAUUUCGAUAGAAAUUUAUUUAGAUUUCAAUAUUUGAUAUUCUAUUUAGAAUAGUUUUUCACUAAUGUAGAAUUGAUGAUUCGUAGAUUCUAAUAUAAUUGACAAUUUAUAUAAGGAAAAUGAUAUAAAAGAUAAAAAAGAAAGUAGAUAAGAGGGAUAUGUUAUAAAGCAAGAUGGUGCUAAUUAUUAGUUGGUUGUUUAGUUAGAUUAUUAUUUUAUAAUUUGCGAAACAUAGUAAUGAAAAAAUAAAUAAAAAUUAAGUUAAGUUUGUCUAUUGGUAUUAAUAACUAGAUUUUCCCAUGACUUUACCUGGUUAAAUUGGGACAUUUAAAAUGCCUUUAGAAAAAUAAAUAGUAUAGUCUAUAUGACACUACUUCUUUGGCAUUUGAAAACAAUAAAUUGAAUAUUUGGUGUCAGUUAAUAAACGAACAGUUUUGUUAUAUGUGGAGACAUAUAGCUGAACGAGUUGUAACAUAUAUUAAUUAAAUAUAUUAUUUAAAUAUGUUUAAAUAAUAUACGCUGAAGAAUUUUAUUGCAAGACUAUAUUUGCAUUACAAGUUAUUAUUAAGUUUAAUAUAAAAUUUAAGUUGUAGGAACUUUUAACAAUAAUUCCCGGCAUAUAUAAUAUUUUAAUUUAAAAAUGUCAUUUUAAUUCAAUAAUUUAAAAAUGAUUAGCGCCGGGAGAUUUGGCAAUUAUUCGUUUGUAGUAAUCUCAUUAAUUUUCUCUAAAAGUAGGAUAUGAAGGGUUUAGAGCUUAUAACUGCACGUUGUAGGUGUUUAGAUUUAGUGAGUAAAAUUCGGUAGCGUUUCCAGAUUCCUCGUCUUUUGUAAUUGAAAAUCCAGACAUUUUGGUAAUUUGAUUUUGGUACUUUUUAAAAAACUCCUUUGACUAUACUCUAAAAUUAGAAUUUUAAAUAGAAUUGAAACGUAAUAUGCGUACCUUAUUCGGUAUACGUAAGUGAUUAUGGCAAUAUACCUAAAUUACCCAACUAAACAUUAAGGAAUUCGCCGUCCUCAUUCGAAGAGUCGUUUCAUUCAUUGUAAAUGUAUAAUUUAAUGUAUAAUUAAAUUAAUGUUUGAUUCGACGCGAAUGGAUAGACAAAAGAUUAAACAGUCGUUGUAGAGGGUUAGUGUUAAAUUCCGUAUAAUGAAGAAACAAUAAAAAUAUUACAAUUAUGUUGAAAAGAUGAAGAAUACAGAUACAUAUUUUUGUAACUUUGAUAUAGAUUUUUACACAUUUGAGCAAAUAAAUCGACAAAUAAGGCUUUACAGAAAAACCAAGGUUGUGAUAUAUAAUCGAAAGUAUAAUUUUCUUAAAUCUGUACCUAAAGCAGAUAAAAUGAGAAGUCUUUUAUUUGCUCAAAAGUGUAUUUUAAAAAAGCAUAGUGCAAAAUUCUUCUACAAAAUUCUACUUCCUUGCACUGGCGAAUAAUUCAAUCACUAUUUUUGCCUACUAGUGUUUUAUCGCUAUUGUAAAGGUUGACAUUAAAGAGAAGAUUAAUUACUUACCAAUAUUUGUUUGUGGUAAUAUUUUGUCAUGAAGUUAGUCUUAUUUCUAAAAUUUAAAUAUCUAGCAGGCAAAAAUAGUAAUAAUUAUAAGUCAUAACAAAAAAAAAUCAGCUUACUUAUACUUUUAUCGGAGUUGAAAGCUAUCUAGCCUUUUGACUUGUGUUGUUAUACUAUGUUGAAAAUCUGCACUAUAAUGCUCUGCCCAAUAUACUUAUUUUAAGGAAAACGUAACAUAGCUCUGGUCGAUCACAUCUUGUUCGAAUUAUCUUUAGAUGAUCUGGAGUAAUAAGUUUGAUAAAACUAAUUAUCUCUUUGUUUCUAUGAGUGUAUCUAUUUUAAUUCCAGAGUUAUUCAUAUGGCUUAAUUUUUUGUACCUAAUGUUUUAGUUCUUAUAUUCAUUUGUUUGAUUUUUAUUAAAUAUUUUUUUAUAACUGUUAACCAAUAUCCAAGUUUAAUAAGUUUUUACUGGUUAAGGCUUGAUUUAAUAAAUUCUUUCAAAGCAUUCAAAUAUUAUGAUAUUUUUGCAGUUUUAAAUACACUCAUAGAUUCAAAUUAAUCAAAGGUUUAAAUCGAAAAGAUAUCGACGCCUUAAUGUCACGGAAUUAAAAGGUGUCGUGUAUCGCCGAUUGAUAUCUUUGAGAGAAUCGUCAUGAAAGCACCCCACGCUCUACCUCGCUGUCACAACAUUACCAAACGUCAUAUUUAUUGAUAUAAAUCAUAAUUUAAGUUAUUUUAUAAGAUUUUUUACGAGAAUUUUGUAUUGGUUAGUUAUUAGUUUGGUAAUGUUGUGACAGGGGGCGCUCGCUUAGCAACUUGGAGGCUAAGUUUAAGUUAGUAUAAGUUACUGUUUCUUCUACGUACGUUACCAGUGACUAUGCCAUAGAAAUUUGUUAAUUCACUGAAUAAAUCAUUAAGACAUUAAUGGAUA